AUGCAGACCUGGAGUACCGUGAUAGUGAUCUUGGCCACACUGAUGGUUGCUACUGUGGAUGCCAAGAUUUAUGAACGCUGCGAGCUAGCAAGGAAGCUGGCGAAGGCUGGACUCAAUGGCUUUGGAGGCUACUCUAUUGGAGACUGGAUGUGCGUGGCACACUAUGAAAGUGGCUUUGACACCUCCUUUGUGGACCACAAUCCAGAUGGUAGCAGUGAAUAUGGCAUUUUCCAGCUGAACUCCGCCUGGUGGUGUAACAAUGGUGUCACACCCACCCAGAACCUCUGCCACUUGAAUUGUAAUGACCUCCUCAACCGCCACAUUCUGGAUGACAUCAUGUGUGCCAAGCGGGUUGUAACCUUACAUAAGAGUAUGAAAGCCUGGGAUUCUUGGAGCCGGCACUGUGCUGGUCAUGAUACAUCUGAAUGGUUCAAGGGAUGUGAUGUGCAUCUGAAAACUGACUUAAGCAAUACUGAGUGGUGA